AUGAAUCACCCCCACUCUGCCCAGUCGGGAUUUGACUGGAUCGAGGCUCGCCUGAAACCAUUGAGGUUCGAUAUCCAAUCCAUCAGGAACCAACUGGACCACAACUUCAAGAUACUACAAGCGGAAAUUGCCGCUGUCCGAAAAAUGACGCCUCCGCCAAUAAAAUACACAAUACCAGACCCUGCAGCCUUCUCGGAUGGAAAAGAGCCGGAUUUCGAGACAUGGAAGCUCAAGAUCGAAAACAAAUUACAGGCAAGUUCAGAUCAAUUAUACACCCCCCAGCUCCGAAUGGCCUACGUCUUUAGCCGUUGUGAAGGACCUGCUGCCCAACAACUUGCUCCUCGGAUGCGACCUGGCGCUACCCUUCGUUUCAAAGACGCCACUGAUAUGAUCGCCCGCCUGGAGAAAAUCUACGGAGACCCAUGGCGUGCCAUACACGCGUCUCGUCAGUACCAUGCUCUUUCCAUGGAUUGUUCCAUGAAGUUUAUCGAUUUCUUUCCUACAUUUUGUCUGCUCGCCGAGAACGCACGAAUCCCCGAAGAAGAGCGCAAAGAGGACCUCUUCAAAAAGUUAUCAGUUGAUUACAGGGAACAACUGAUAGAUAAUCUAUACGGACAAGACUUCAAUGAGCUUGUCGAUGAAUGCAAGCGCCUGGAUUACUACAUUUUCUCUGAUCCAGAUUGA